AUGUCUACUCAUACAGAGAAAACUUCUUCUACAAUAAAGAUUAAGAAUACAAUUCAUAUUGUCCUAGAUUUCAAUCAAAUGAUCUAUGAUAUCUGGCAUGAAUUGUUUAAGAUUCAUUACAUUGGUUAUGGAGUGGCUGAACAUCUUUCACCUCCGGUUACACCUUCAUCUACUUCUACCGAGAAAGCUCCUGAAAACAUUAUUCCAAUCAUAGAAACUCCUAGAUGGAAAUGCAAUAAAUCUGUAGUCAAAUCAUGGAUUUACAGUACUCUAGUUGUUCCUCUCCUUCAUUUCAUCUUCAGAAAACAAAGUGCAACAUAUGAAGUUUGGGAGACAAUUGAAAUUUUGUUCUAUGAUAAUAAAAACAACAAGGUGGUCCAAAUUGACAACGAGCUCUGUAAUAUCACCAUUGGCAAUUCUUCUAUGGUUGAUUAUUGCAACUGGGUCAAAUCUCUAGACGAUUUUCUUGAUGACAUGGAUGCAAAAGUUCUAAUAAUCAAUAUCUUCUCCUACAUGUUGAAUGGCUUAUCCCUAAAAUACUGUCACAUUGCUACCAUUAUUUGGCAUCAAUGA